GGUUUAUGCGUAUCUGUCCCCGGUCCAACAUUAAUCGACCUGAGAAAACAAGUCCAUGCCUCCCUAGAAACCGUCUCCUACAUCUUCAGCGGUCGUUCCGCGGGUUAUCUACUUGGAUCUCUAGUUGGCGGCGUACUGUUUGACCAUACGAACCACCAGUUGUUCCUCGGAUUGGUUAUGGCUGCGGCAGGGGUUGCGACUUUGCUGAUACCUUUUGCGACAGAGAUAUCUCUACUUGCGACAUCCCUUGCUGUCCAUGGAAUAGCAAUGGGAUGCUUAGACACAGGCGGGAACGCCCUUUGCCUCAGUCUAUGGGGAAAGAAGAGCGGGCCAUACAUGCAAAGUCUACAUUUUGCAUUUGGAAUUGGUGCCGUUUUAGCCCCUGCUAUGGUCGAUCCCUUGCUAUCAGGAAGAAAAUCUAGUUUACCACAAAAUGGAACACGCUACAAUACAACGUUCAUUGACGUCGUUUCUCUGGCACGGUGGCAUCCUGAGGGUAAUGAGACUGAUACAGCCCAUGUAGUACCCUAUGUGUCUGGGAGGACUUAUAACAUUUCGUUUGAUAAUAUGGGCGAUGAUGGUAAUGAGGAAGACAUGUGGACGGAAUCCAGAAUCCAGUAUGCUUUCUUCGCAAUAACCACGUACUUGUUCAUAUGCUCGAUCUUCUUUUUUGUUUCGUGUUUUCAGGACAGCGAUAGCUCCACGUACAAACGGCAAGAUCAGAAACGGCAAUCAGAUUGUUCUGAUACUGCUCUGAAAACACGGUCGCAUUCUCUGCGCUUCAAGAUUCCCUUCCUUUGUUUAUUAAUAUUUUUUUAUCUUUUAAUAGCUGGGUUGGAUAUAGCCUUUGGAGCUUUUAUCACAACUUUCGCCUUUGAUGUUCUUCACUGGCCUAAAGAAAAAGCGGCCAAUUUAUCGACAGUUUAUUGGGGCUCUCUUGCCGCUGUGCGAGGUGUGUCAAUAAUUGUCUCGAAAUUCUUAAAUUCUUCCGUAAUGAUUAUCUCUGAUCUUUUACUAUUAAUCACAUCUCUCUUCGCUAUGGUUUUUCUAAUUGAAAAGUUUGAAUUUGCUAUGUGGAUCGGUACAGCAAUGUCUGGGAUCGGUCUGGCAUCAUUAUAUGCUGCUGGAAUAUCAUGGGCAGAACGGUACAUACACAUCUCUGGGAAAAUAUCUGCUCUAUUUAGUAUUGGUGGCGGUGCUGGUAAAUUUGUCUUCCCACCUUUAAUUGGACACUUUUUUCAUGUUAAUGGGAUGUCCUUUAUUUAUAUAUGUUUAAGCUCUUCUGUCGUUAACAGUGUCCUUUAUUUGGCUCUGUAUUUAGCAGCGCGCUGGCGCGGCGAACGAUAUUUACCCGUGUCUCAGGCAGCGAAGGCGACUGUACCGGAAUCUACGACGACGGCGGCGGCCUUAAUAUAGAGUUAUGUAAAAGUAUUCUCACACGCACAAAGAAGGUCAAGAAUUGUAAAGCAAAAUCUCUUUUUUUUUUAACUUUAGCCUGUUGUGUCCGAUUUAAGAGACAAAACUAGAUAAGGUCAUUCAGCAGUUCCAACAGGAGAAUAUGAAUUGAAUUUACUGACAUGUACUGCAAAGUUAUAACUAAGCAGCAAUUAUAUUGAAGACUAUUCUUUCAGUCUGUUACUGCGAUUGUUAACUUAUUGUUUCAAGUCAUACAUUGCUGAUUUUUAUAACCGCAAUGCAAUUAUUGCCAAUUCUUUUUCAAUCGUCUCAUAUAGUUUGAAUGAAAGACGCUUGGUAAAUUUCGUAAAUAGGUUCACUUUUUGCAUACUUGUGCUAUUUGUGUCCUUAAAUGGAGAAAAAAUCUUAAUGACUAGUCAUAUUCAUCGUCAUCUUAAAAACAGCAUCAGAAGCAAAGGAAUAAUCAACUCUACACUCGAGGGAAUAAAAGCUUUAAACAUGUAUGGCAAAUAAUUUUUGUAGUCCAAAUGUAAUAUUUAAAAAGAUCAAUUGUGACAGAGAAGAACAAUCUGAUCCAAACACAAUGUAACUAAGAACUAACGCAUUAAAAAUGCUGUGUAUUAUCACAAAUAAUCAAACUUUUUCCUAAUGGACAAAAAGAAUAAACGGAAUAUAA